GUGCUCUCGCAAAAAAAUGCCCCACAGCGGUGCCGAGCGCUUAAGAUUUUGGCAGCAGUGAAAAUGCUACACAAGAGGCGUCGCGUAACUGCGUCGCACGGCGUCUGCGGUUGCUCGCGGCACACAAAUGGCCAAUGCCAGCCUGCCUGCCAGCCACAAGAGAGUUGCUCAUGGUCGAGCCCGCUUUUGAGCCUCCGCGUCACCGUAUCAGUAUCCGGGGAUGUGAACGGGUCCUUCCAAGGCUGAUCGGACGAAAAAAAAAAUGGUAGUCCCAAACCAGCAGCUGUGACGGCAUUCAGUGCGCGGUGGCGUGUCCGAGCCCAGAGGCGUCGAGCUGGAAAGGGAGUGGCUGCGAGGGACGCCAUGAUGUCCCGGCGGCGGCCUCUGCGAAGGGCGCUGUCCCUAGCUCUACUGGUGCUUCAAAUUCAAAGCUUUCAGUUGCCAGACCCCAAACUCCACGCCGCGGAGGCCCAACGGAGUCGACGACCCCACAGUACGGGCAGCCGACGACCCCCCGCCGCGGGCCCCGCCUUGUCGGGGAGGCGACGACGAACGCCGUGCGCGCCGCUGUCGGCCGCCCCCUACGACGCCGCCGAGGCGCUCUACGCGUACAUCGCGUCGCCGUCGCCGGUCCACGACGCGCUGCACGCCGCCGGGACCGCGUACGCCGGCCUCAUCGACGCGCACCCGCUCGCGACGAAGAGCGUGACGAACGCUGUUGUAGGAGUCACGGGCGACGCCAUCGCGCAGCGCGGCCAGGUUUAUGACAGGCAGCGCGCGGCGCGCUACGCCCUCAAGGGCCUCGGCGGCGGGCUGCUGUGGGCGGUCUACUUUGAUUUCGCGGACGCCUUCGCAGUAGAAAAUGUAGACGGGCCCGCGGCGCGCGUGGCCCUGCAGAUGGCGCUCGAGCAGUUCUUCUGGGUGCCGCUCUACGUCGCGUUCUACGAUUUGCCCUUCGCUUCUCGUUUAAACGGCGUGCCCGCGCGGCGGGUCCCGAACGUCGUGCGCGACUCGUACGUGUCGACACUCGUCGCCUCCGCGAAGCUCUGGACGCCGGCGAAUUUGCUGGUCUACUCGACGCCGGUCGAGUACCGCUUACUGGUAAGCAACAUCUUCGACCUCGCGUGGAACACCGUCAACAGCGACAUCGCCGCGAGCUGCUCGGAGGAGUGCCCCGUCGGCGACGGGCCGCCGGGCGCGUCGCGCAUGUGCCCGCCCGAUCGACCGCCGGAGGCGCUGCCGACGUCGCGAUAGCUUUUUCGGGCUGCGCAGAAGCGCACGCCCCUGUGUUUCGUUCGUCCGAAUAUUUAUCGUAGUUUGAAGUAAG